UGUUAUAGCCGGCUGCCUGUCCGGGCUCCUUCCUUUUACCACGGCGGCGAGUCGACGCCAACAUGCCUGUGAGUGGCGUCGUGAGAGACGGCGGGGGAGUUCGGCCUGAACCCGGCCCGGGGGAGACGGCGCGCUGGCAAAAGAUUUGUUGCACCCGAGUCCGGAGGAGGAGAAGCGUAAACACAAGAAGAAGCGUUUGGUGCAGAGCCCAAACUCCUACUUCAUGGAUGUUAAGUGUCCAGGCUGCUACAAGAUCACCACUGUGUUCAGCCACGCGCAGACGGUCGUGCUGUGUGUCGGAUGCUCCACCGUUCUCUGUCAGCCCACAGGAGGGAAGGCGAGGCUAACAGAAGGCUGUUCAUUCCGGAGAAAGCAACACUGAAGAGGCAGUAGUCUCGCAAGGACGAGCCGUGACUCUCUGCGACUGGCCUCCUGGUGUCCCGGCCAGUGUGCGCAAUAAACCACUUCCCGUGACACCCGGAGGCCAGUCUGGGAUUGUCCGUGCUGGAGCGGGGCGUGUGGCUGCCACUUCCCUGUGGCCUCCACCCGUCUACUGUAACUGUAGACUGCUGAUCCUAUUGCUAGUGUUGAGUUCUUUGUUAGAAUUGUCAAAUAAAAUGCGGUGAUGUAUUUACUUUUA